GCUCCGGCGGGGCGGGAGCGGCCGGCGGGGGGCGGCGCGGCCCAACAUGGCGGCGGCGGCGGCGGAGGCGGCGGAGGCGGCGCUGGGACCCCGUUCGCCGCCCCCAAGAUGUCGGCGGCGGCCUGGUCGCGCCCGGCGUGACGUAGUGAGGCCCCGCCGCCGGGAGGGAGGCGGAGGAGCGGCCGGAGCGGCGCAGGAGGCGGCGGCGGCGGCGGCGGCGGCGGCGGCGGGACCGGCCGGGCCCCCGGGGGGGGAUUUAAAGGGACCAUGUCCCCGGCGCGGCGGCUGCUACGGAGGCCGGAGCCGGGUGGGAGGCGGCGGGGGAGCCGCUGAGGAGGAGCAGCCCGGCGGGCCCGGCCCCGGGGGGCCGGUGGGGUUUUUCCGGCGCUCCCCGGCCGCCCGGUGCCGCCGCGGCGUUUUCUUCCGAGCCGCAAAACUCAGUCGGCGAGGGAUGGAGAAAACUGUCCCCGAUUUCUCGGAGCGUCAAGGAGAUGGAGGCCGAACCCUCUUGAUGUCACCGGAUCCCGAUGCCGACGCAUUUUCCCCCCCGGGUUGUCCCCAAGAUGCCAAAAACCCCCCGGAGAACCCGGCGUUACCCGCCACGUCACCGGAGCCGGAUGAAGACGCUUUCUAUGCCGCGGGUGAUUUGGUGACGAUGAGCCGGGAGGGGACUGGACCCCCUGGUUCCGACCUGCGCCCAUUACCGGAGGGACCCGAAUUCUUCGCGUCGCUCUCCCGGCAAGAACCCGGUGUCGCGUUGGAAGCGCACGACGUGGCCGAUGAGCCGGAUCCUGCCCUGGCCGGUGCCGUCCCGGCGCUCAGGACCCAGCUCGGCUCCACGAACGAAGAACGCCUGGAGUUCCAGAAGGUUCUAUACCGAGCGGACGGCAGGAGCUCCCUCGAGCUGCGCAACAUGACGGUGUCGGGCGGCGCGGCCUGGGACGACGCGGCCAUGGAGGCGCGAGCGGGCGACGCCAGAGGAGAAAGCACUUUAGAGAGACUCUCCGGCGCCAAGGAUUCGGCGUUCGCCGCGGAACCCGCCACGGUAAACCCGGCGCAGGUGGAUCCCGAGCGGCUGGAGGGCGACGCCGAGGAGCCGGCCAACGCGGCGGCGCGGCCGCCGAGUCCUCGCGCCGCCGAAGAGAGGUACCCGAAGAACGAACCAAAGCAAGGCGAAGGCAAAGAGCACUUAGAGAAGAGCAAGAGGGGAAUCCAGAGGGUCAGCUGGGUUUCCAGAGCCAACAAAAGCCCGAGUCCUCACUACAAGGACAAGACGACGGAUGUAGUGACCGCCUUGGCUUUUCGGGGCCAGGCCAUGCGCGAAGUGCCGCCGACGCCGCCGGCGUUCAGGACAACGCUCAACCCCGUCCUGGGCAAAGCCAAAGCCAUGGAGAGCCCCCCGGCGCAAAGGAAAGGGCUGAUGGUCGACUCGGGCGACAUCAACACAGCCGAGUGGACCAUCCCGAAGCCGAGUCUCCAUCUCGGCGCCGACCUCGCCGUCACCAAACAGUCGUGGACGGUCAACGCCGAGGAUUCGGUGGAGCGGGUGCCGCCGAUGGCGCUGGAACCCGCCGCCUGCAGCUCGUACGACAUGGAGAUGAGGCCCUACGUGUGCAGCGUGUUGUUGGAGGAGCAGGGCAAGGAGGAGCUGGGCGCCGAGGAGGACCCCGCCGUGUACACCUGCAUCGAGUGCAGCAUUUACUUCAAGAAGAAGGAACAUCUGAUGGAUCACAUGCUACAACACAACCGCGGCGCGGGGAGGGACCACGAUGGCGACGCUUUGGGUGGGCAGUGCCAGUUCUGCUGCAACGAGUGCGGCUGGGCCUUCGGGGACCCCGCGGCGCUGGAGCAGCACAAGAGGCUCCACCAGGAGUCGAGGGAGAAAAUCAUCGAAGAGAUCCAGAAGCUGAACGAGUUUCCCGAUGAAGGCCGCGACGCCCGGCUGCAGUGCCCCAAGUGCGUCUUCGGCACCAACUCCUCCAAGAUCUUCGUCCAGCACGCCAAGAUGCACGUCAAGGAGAGGAAGGACCAAGGGGCGAAGAGCGGGAGCGUGUUUGGCAGCACGACCGGCGGGGAGAUGCGGGACGGCGUCUACAAACCCUUCAAACCCAACGAACACGCGGCGCCGCAGGUGCCGGCGCCGCCUCCCGCCGGCGGCAAAGGGCUCAGCACCUGCGUCCUCUGCAGCUUCCCGGCGCCCAACGAGACCAUCCUGAAGGAGCACAUGAAAUACGCCCAUUCCCACCUCUCCUGGGACGCCGAGGGCUACGAGGACGAUCCGAAUCAACCGGGAACGAGCAGAGAUACCUACAACCUCGCCAGGCCCGCCCGCUUCGCUGACGCCGAUUAUUUCGGCAAAGCCGAGCGGCUUUUCCAUCCGCCUCACCGGGACGGCGCGGCGCAUUACGAAACGCUCCACGGUUUCGCCGUCGCUCAGCCGAAACUCGACAAAAGCAACGGCGGGGGGAAAAAGGACUACCCGGCGUCGGGGUUUCACGCCAGGAAAGCGGCUCCGUACGCCGCGCCGCAUAAAAACCUCGGCUUGUCCGGUUUUCACUCGGCGAAAGCUUAUUCGCAAUUCGCUUUGCAGCAGCUGAAAAUAAAAGCAGGAGGUCAGCAGGUGGAAGAAGGUGAUGGGUUAAAGAGUCACCCCGGGGGGCUGGAGGAGCUCAGGCACAAGUGGUUGACCGCGGAUGCCGGGAGCGCCGAGGAGGAGAUGGCGGUGAGCGCCGAGCUGGAUUGGAGCCCCAACAGGAGCGUGAAACCCGUCACCGUCCCCCAAGCCGCCCUGGAGCUCAAGAGGACGUUCAGGGCCACCUUGAAGGCCACCGAUUCUUCGGUGGCUUCGGAGGAGCAGCAGCAGCAGCUGCGCCGGAUGGUCCCCAUCGUCCUGCUGGAGAAGGUGAACCCGCACCCCAGGGCCGCCAAGCGGCCGCGGGGGAAACCGGCCAAGAGGAAACCACCGCCAUUGCCAUACCGGGAAUUGGUGAUGGACGAACCGCUGCCGCUGGACGUGCUCCUGCUGGACGCUCCGCUGGAGGGUCCCCUGGAGCUCGAUGACCUGCUGGACUCCGACUCACCGAUGCUGAAGAACGAGGAGAGGAAAUGUCCCUAUUGCCCCGACCGCUUCCACAACGGCAUCGGGCUGGCAAACCACGUGCGGGGCCACCUCAACAGGGUGGGCGUGAGCUACAACGUGCGGCACUUCAUCUCGGCGGAAGAAGUGAAAGCCAUUGAGCAAAAAUUUUCCUUCCAAAAGAAGAAGAAAAAAGGUAUCGCCAACUUCGACCCGAGCACGUUCAGCCUGAUGCGGUGCGAGUUCUGCGGCGCCGGCUUCGACACGCGCGCCGGGCUCUCCAGCCACGCCAGGGCCCACCUGCGAGAUUUCGGCAUCACCAACUGGGAACUCACCGUCUCGCCCAUCAACAUCCUCAAGGAGCUCUUGGCCAACUCCUCGGAGCACCCGCUGCUGCAGGCGGCCAUGGCGGCCGAGCCCUCGUCCCCCAACCGCGACAGGGACCCUCACGGCUUCGCCCCUCGCAAGAGCGUCACCCCCAUGUCCGAGGGCAGCGUCCCGCGGUCCCCGCUGUCCCCGUUCCCCACGGCCUGGCCCGACGAGUCCCUGCAGUCCUACAGAGACGUCCUGGCUCCGGAGGACGACGACUUGGUGGCCAUGGAGUUGGGGUCCCCCCCGCUCCCCAAAAAACCCACCCCUGGGGGGCAGCUGGACCCGCCGCCCCCCCGAAUCGGGACCAAACUCUCCCCGGAGCCGCCUGGGAACAAACCGGAGCCCCAGGACCCCAAAACCCCGAGCCUGACGACGUGCGAGGUGUGCGGCGCCUGUUUCGAGACGCGCAAGGGCCUGUCCAGCCACGCGCGCUCCCACCUGCGCCAGCUCGGCGUGGCCGAGUCCGAGAGCAGCGGCGCCCCCAUCGACCUCCUCUACGAGCUCAUGAAGCACAAACCCAACAGCGGUGGGCCCGGCGCCGCCCCCCCGCUCACCAAAAAACCCCCCAAAGACGCCUCCGCCGCCCGCGCGCCGCUGCUGCCGCUCGCCGAACGCCCGCCCGACGCUCCCCUCAACAAAGCCAUUAAAUCCCCGCCCGGCUUCGCCAAAACCCUCGCCCGCCCGGCUUCUCCCGGCAUCAAGAAGGUGCCGGCGGCUCUUUCGGGGUCCCCGUCGCCUAAAAACCCCGAGGAGAAGAGCUCCAAGCUGCCCUUGAGCCCUUUGCAGAGCUCCCCGAAGGCGCAGUGGCCGCAGGACGAGGAAGGACCCCUCAAUUUAACCUCGGGGUCGGAGCCGGUGCGCGACAUCCGCUGCGAGUUCUGCGGCGAAUACUUCGAGAACCGCAAAGGUUUGUCGAGCCACGCGCGCUCCCACCUGCGCCAGAUGGGGGUGACCGAGUGGUACGUCAACGGCUCCCCCAUCGACACCCUGCGCGAGAUCCUCAAACGCCGCACCCAGCACAACCCCCCAGCUCCCAAGUCCAUGGCCAAGACCCUCAUGGGACCUUUGGAACCGCGCGGCGCCGGCGACAUUCACAUCCCCGCCCUCGGCAAGAAGGUCCAGCCACCCGGCAGCCCCGUGGGGGCUUCUCCUACCUCGUCCCCACCUCCCACCGCCCGCAAGAUGUUUCCAGGCCUUUCUCCUCCCUCCUUGCAGAAGAAACUCAAACAAGAUCAGCUGCGGAUGGAAAUCAAGCGGGAGAUGCUGGCGGGAGGACUCCACGGGGAGCUGCACCCCUCGGACCCUGCCUGGGCCCCCCGGGACGACAUGUCGCCCCUCAACCUCUCCUCCCGAGCCGACCCGGUGCGCGACAUCCGCUGCGAGUUCUGCGGCGAAUACUUCGAGAACCGCAAAGGUUUGUCGAGCCACGCGCGCUCCCACCUGCGCCAGAUGGGGGUGACCGAGUGGUCGGUCAACGGCUCCCCCAUCGACACCCUGCGCGAGAUCCUCAAAAAGAAAACCAAACCGUGCGUUAUCAAGAAAGAACCGCACCCCGCCGCCAUCGAACCCCCCAAAUCCAUCGGGGAUGACGGGCCGGAGCCCAAAUCCCCCGGCAAACUCCUGCAGGGUCUCGGUUUACCCGCGCUAAGCGGGCGACCGGGCAAACCGGGUCCCGGCGCCGCCUCGCUCGGCCGGGACAUCACGUUGCUGCCGUUGAGCGCCAAAGCCACGGGCGGCUUCCUGACGCCGUUAUCGGCCAAACGGCCGCUGCCGGACGAUCGGUUGGGGCCUCCCGGCGACGUGAAGCACAAGGCGUUCGUCCAGAGCGAGUUGCCCUUCAAGGCCAAGGCCGCGCACGAGAAACACGCGCACACGUCCACCGAAGCCUGUUGCGAACUCUGCGGCCUCUACUUCGAGAACCGCAAAGCCCUGGCCAGCCACGCGCGGGCCCACCUGCGGCAAUUCGGCGUCACCGAGUGGUGCGUCAACGGUUCCCCCAUCGAGACGCUGAGCGAGUGGAUCCGGCACCGCCCGCAAAAAGCCGGCGCCUACCGGAGUUACAUCCAGGGGGGUCGGCCCUUCACCAAGAAGUUCCGUAACUCGGCGCACGCCGGCGGCGCUCGCCGGGUGCCGCUGGGGCUCCAGGGCGGCGCCGUGGCGCUGCUGGGGAAGGGUUUGCCGGGAGAUUUGGCGCACGGCGACGCCGGGAAGCUGCUGGACGGGGGGAGCGGCGCCGAGAGGCCCCUGGUCACGUCCCCCCUGUCGCUGGUGAAGCUGGAGGAGCAUCAACGAUCCAACAUCAGCAAGUUCGAGCGGCGCCAGCCCCGUUCCCUGGACCCCCCGCUGCGCCGCGACAAGGACGGCGCCGAAUUCCCCCCCAAGCUGGAGGAGCCGCGGCAGCCGCCCCCGCCCCGCGUGCGCCCCGUGCCCUCCCUGGUCCCGCGACCCCCCCAAACCUCCCUGGUCAAGUUCGUGGGGAACAUCUACACCCUCAAGUGCAGGUUUUGCGAGAUGGAAUUCCAGGGCCCGUUGUCCAUCCAGGAGCAGUGGGUCCGGCACCUCCAGCACCACAUCCUCGAAAUGAAUUUUGCCAAAACGGAUCCGUUGCUCGGGGGGGGUGAAGCUCCCCCGGCGCCCGAGCCGCCCCCUCCCCUCGCCGAGGCUCAGUAACGGCGCCGCCGAAACCUCCUCCCCGCCGUUCCUUGCGUUUGGGGGGAAAAAGGGGGCGGAAAUCGCUGCGUUUUGCCCCCUUUUUACCCCAAAUUUGGUCAUGGUGGUGGGGGGGGGGGGGCAACCCCAGCACUACACGGAUCCCACCGGGGAUCGCUCCUCGCACCCUGUUUUUGGAACCCAAAGAACAAACGGUGUCGCCUUCACCGGCGGCGACGGGGGCGAAACCGCCGGGGAAAACUCUGUGGAUUUUGUAUAUGACCCUUAGAUUAAUGUAUAUUCGAUUUUUUGGUUGUUUUUUCCAUAGGCGACGAUGGAAUUUAGUCUCGCGUAGGUGUCGGAAUCGCUCGGUUCCGGGGUUGCAUGUUGCCCAAAAUCCCCUUUUCCCGCACCAAAAGAGCCGCCGGUUUGUUGUCGCUUUUCCACCGCGGCAAAACCAAUCGCACCGGAUUCAGCGAUUUCCCCCCCGCGGCCGAUUCGCCUCCAAUUGCGCCGGAGACGGUGAAAGAGCUCCGGUGGGACGGGGAAAUUUCCGGGAAAUUCCUGGGAAGGGCUUGGAAAAUUUCUAGAAAAUUCCUAAAAAAAUUCUGGGAAAUUUCCAGAAAAUUCCUGGGAAAUUCCUAGAAAAUUCCUGGGAAAUUCACAGGAAGUUCUCAGGAAGUUCCCGGGAAAUUCCCGGAAAAUUUCUAGAAAAUUCCUGGGAAAGUUCCUGAAAAAUUUUUGGGAAAUUUCCAGGAAAUUCGUGGGAAAAUGCCUCAAAAAAUUUUGGGAAAUUCCCAGGAAAUUUCCAGAAAAAAAUAUUGGGAAAUUCCUAGAUAAUUCUUGGGAAAUUUCCAGAAAAAUUCCUGGGAAAUUUCCAGAAUAUUCCUAGAAAAUUUCUGGGAAAUGCACAGAAAAUUCCUAGAAAAAUUCCCCCCGAAAUCCUGGGAAAUUUCUGGAAUAUUCCGAGAAAAUUUCUGGGAAAUUCUUGAGAAAUUAUCAGAAAAAAAUAUUGGGAAAUUCCUAGAUAAUUCCUAGGAAAUUUCCAGAAUAAUUCCCCCAAAUUCCUGGGAAAUUUCCAGAAUAUUCCUAGAAAAUUUCUGGGAAAUUCACAGAAAAUUUGUAGAAAAAUUUCCCCCAAAUUCCUGGGAAAUUUCCAGAAAAUUCCCCCCCAAAAUCCUGGGAAAUUUCUGGAAAAUUCCUAGAAAAUUUCUGGGAAAUUCCUGGGAAAUUAUCAGAAGAAUUCCUGGGAAAAAUCCUGGGAGAAUUCUGGAAAAACUGCCGCAAAAUUCCUGGGAAAUUUCCAGAAUAUUCCCAGAAAAUUUCUGGGAAAUUCACAGAAAAUUCCUAGAAAAAUUCCUGGAAAAUUUCCAGAAAAUUCCCCCAAAAUAUCUGUGAAAUUUCCAGAAAAUUCCUAGAAAAUUUCUGGGAAAUUCCCGGGAAAUUAUCAGAAGAAUUCCUGGGAAAAUUCUGGAAAAAAUCCCGAUAAAUUCCUGGGAAAUUUCCAGAAUAUUCCCCCAAAAUUUCUGGGAAAUUCACAGAAAAUUCCCAGGAAAUUUCUAGAAAAAAAACCUGGGAGAAAACUCCUAGAAAACUUCUGGGAAAUUCACAGAAAAUUCCUAGAAAAAUUCCCCCCAAAAUACCUGGGAAAUUUCUAGAAAAUUCCCCCCAAAAUCCUGGGAAAUAUCCAGAAAAUUCCUAGAAAAUCUCUGGGAAAUUCCUGGGCAAUUAUGAGAAAAAAUAUCCUGUGAAAAUCCCUAGAAAAUUCCUGGGAAAAUUCUGGAAAAAUUCCCGAGAAAUCCCUGGGAAAUUUCCAGAAUAUUCCUAGAAAAUUUCUGGCAAAUUUCUAGACAAAUUCCCGGGAAAUUUCUAGAACGUUUCUGGGAAAUUCUCAGAAAAUUCCUGCGAACUUCUCGGGAAAAUUCCAGAAAAAUUUCCCGGGAAAUUUCCAGAAUAUUCCUAGAAAAUUCCCGGAAAAUUCAUGAAAAAUUCCCAUGAAAUUCCUAGAAAAUUCCCAGAAAAAUUUCCUGGUCAAUUUCCAGAAUAUUCCUAGAAAAUUUCUGGCAAAUUUCUAGAAAAAUUCCCGGGAAAUUUCUAGAAAGUUUCUGGGAAAUUCUCAGAAAAUUCCUGCGAACUUCUCGGGAAAAUUCCAGAAAAAUUUCCCGGGAAAUUUCCAGAAUAUUCCUAGAAAAUUCCUGGGAAAAUCAUGAAAAAUUCCCAUGAAAUUCCUAGAAAAUUCCCAGACAAAUUUCCUGGUCAAUUUCCAGAAUAUUCCUAGAAAAUUUCUGGGAAAUUUCUAGAAGAAUUCCUGGGAAAUUUCUAGAACGUUUCUGGGAAAUUCUCAGAAAAUUCCUGCGAACUUCUCGGGAAAAUUCCAGGAAAAUUUCCCGGGAAAUUUCCAGAAUAUUCCUAGAAAAUUUCUGGCAAAUUUCUAGGAAAAUUCCUGGGAAAUUUCUAGAAAGUUUCUGGGAAAUUCUCAGAAAAUUCCCGUGAAAUUAUUGGGAAAAUUCCAGAAAAAUUUCCCGGGAAAUUUCCAGAAUAUUCCUAGAAAAUUUCUGGGAAAUUUCUAGAAAAAUUCCCGGGAAAUUUCUAGAAAGUUUCUGGGAAAUUCUCAGAAAAUUCCUGCGAACUUCUCGGGAAAAUUCCAGGAAAAUUUCCCGGGAAAUUUCCAGCAUAUUCCUAGAAAAUUUCUGGCAAAUUUCUAGAAGAAUUCCUGGGAAAUUUCUAGAACGUUUCUGGGAAAUUCUCAGAAAAUUCCUGCGAACUUCUCGGGAAAAUUCCAGAAAAAUUUCCCGGGAAAUUUCCAGAAUAUUCCUAGAAAAUUCCCGGGAAAUUCAUGAAAAAUUCCCAUGAAAUUCCUAGAAAAUUCCCAGAAAAAUUUCCUGGUCAAUUUCCAGAAUAUUCCUAGAAAAUUUCUGGGAAAUUUCUAGAAAAAUUCCCGGGAAAUUUCUAGAAAGUUUCUGGGAAAUUCUCAGAAAAUUCCUGCGAACUUCUUGGGGAAAAUUCCAGAAAAAUUUCCCGGGAAAUUUCCAGAAUAUUCCUAGAAAAUUCCUGGAAAAUUCAUGAAAAAUUUCCAUGAAAUUCCUAGAAAAUUCCCAGACAAAUUUCCCGGGCAAUUUCCAGAAUAUUCCUAGAAAAUUCCCGUGCAAUUCCGGCCGAUUCCCGCGGGUUCGCGGGGCCGUUAAGCUCCGCCCCCUCGCGUCCUUAUCUCUUUAUUUCCCGUUUCUCCUCGUCUAGUUCCAUAGACUCGACUUUUUUAAGCUCUAGAUUUGUGUAGAAAUGAGGAACGUUCACUUUUCGUUGGAAAACCCCCAAACUUCCGCGUUUCCGAAGGAAUUUUAACGGUUCGUAUUUCACUUUUCCCCCUUUUUUGUUUUUAAUUUCCGAUUAUUUGGGGGCCCGUUCUGGUGAUUCUUGUACCCGGGAAUAUGGGACGAUGGAUUAAAUUCUUCUGGAAAUGA